AUGCCGAAAUCCGCGCCCCAAAUUGCGGGUGUUGAGGGAAGGUCGUCGUUGGACAUGUUCUGGAAUAGGAUGGAGUGGAAGCCCUCGGGAAUGGGGUUGCCGGCAUUGAACCUGCCAGUAAUGACGGUGGCAAGAGUCGUGCGGGAAGAGGGAACACACUCGACCAAGACAUCUGAGGUUGCAGAGUUAGCGAAGCCCAUCAUCAUGAGAUCAAAAGAGAUGAAAGAAACGCUUACCAGUGCCCUGAGGGCUAGAGAAGUGGAGGCGAGCCGAGCCGAGCCGGCCGUGGCAGCUAUCCUAGGCAGCUUGGUUGGCCUCGGUGCAGCGAGAUGUGCGGGAGCUGAGGAUGGUUCGGGUCUUGGUGCUUUGGAGGACCAGACCGGUGACGGUGGCCGUGGCGGCACCGAUGCCGGCAUAUGCGGCCUCAGGGAUCAGGGCAAGGAAACCAGCCGAAGUGACCUGCACAAGGGCAACGGCGGCGACGGUGGCGGUCUUGCUAAAGGAAAUCAUUUUUAA